UGCUGAUCUGACUCUCUCAGUUCAACUGGACAAACUCCUCUGUUCCUUCAUCAUCAGUCUGUUCGACUCUCUCUCUCUCUCUCUCUCGCUCUCUCUUUGAGAAUCUUAAUCCCUCUCGACCUCGGUUGGGCUUUGGACACUUGUGGUUGUACCGCAGGACUCAAACUGGUGACUAAACAACAGCCUAAACAACUGGAAGAACCUUUUACAAACACAUCAUAAAGCUCCUUCUGCGACUGGCUGCUGAGGCUCAGUGGAAGAGGGAAGAGGUGCCUUGCUCAACGGGACUUCAACAGCAGCUGCUGAGGAAGACAAGAGCUCCGACUUUGCAGAGACUUUCUUAUCCAGUAGUUCUGCGGCUCCCUGCUUCUGCAUCUUCAAACAGGUGAAUCUGGUACCUGAGUUCUGCUGAGAGAUCAUCAGUUGGGAAGUGAACAAAGAAAAUCUGUGCUGAUCUAUAAUCGGACAUGGCUGACUGGAGCCUGCUGGGAAACUUCCUGGAAGAAGUACAGGAGCAUUCUACCUCGGUUGGCAAGGUGUGGUUGACCAUCCUGUUUAUCUUCCGCAUCCUGGUCCUGGGGACGGCCGCUGAGUCGUCCUGGGGAGACGAGCAGGAGGAUUUCAACUGUGACACCGAACAGCCAGGAUGCGAGAACGUCUGUUACGACCGAGCAUUCCCCAUCGCACACAUACGAUACUGGGUGCUCCAGAUCGUGUUUGUGUCCACGCCCAGUCUCAUCUACAUGGGCCACGCUAUGCACACCGUCCGCAGAGAGGAGAAGAGGAGGAGCAGGGAGGAAGAGGAGGACGAUGAAAGUGAUGGAGACGAGGACCCCGGAGGGGGUGAAGGAGGAGGAAGAGAGAAACACGGGGGUCGAGUAGAGAAGGAUGACGAUAAGGACAAGAGAGACAGUCCUCUGACGGGUCGGGUUCGUCUGAGGGGAGCGCUGCUGCAGACGUACAUCCUGAGUAUUCUGAUACGAAGCAUCAUGGAGGUGGUGUUUCUGUGUCUCCAGUACUUCUUGUAUGGAAUCUUCCUCCAUCCUCUGUAUGUCUGCAAGGCGUGGCCGUGUCCUCACCCUGUGAACUGUUACGUGUCCCGACCGACAGAGAAGAACGUCUUCAUCGUGUUCAUGCUGGCGGUGUCGGCCGUCUCUCUGGCCCUCAGCGUGCUGGAGCUGCAUCACCUGGCGUGGAGACACUGUUGCAGGCAGAUGUACUACGCGAGGAAGGCCAUCACUCCAGCUAAGACCUCUCUGGCCCAACAGCUCUCGCUGUCUCCUCCACCGCCGUCACCCCCUCUUCCAGACUUCAGCCAGUGUAUGAUCGGCUCCUCUCACUUCCUGCCGAUGCCCUUCCCAACCCACCGCCUGGCCAACCAACAGAACUCAGAGAACAUGGCCACGGAGAAGAACAAGAUAGCUGCCGCGGUGGAGGAGGUGAACCUGCACCAGAUGAGCUGCUACUCGCCCGGGUGGCAGACAGCGAGCAAACCUCAGAGCCAAGAUGGAGGCUACCUGAGGGCCGACCCUGACUGCUACGGCCCCGGGAGCCGGGACAUGAGCUGCCCUCAGACACAGAGCAGUGGGGGGCCAGAGGGGCUGCUGCUCUGUCCCAACGGAGGGCUCUGUCAGAAAGACAGACGCAGGUUCAGUAAAACCAGCGGAACAAGCAGCCGGACGAGAGUGGACGACCUCUCCGUUUAGAGAACAGCCACAGAAACAGACAAAUUCAACUACUCAUAAAAACAACAGAUAUAUUUGACCCUUUUUAAACCUGCUACCAUGCUCAUCAUACUUUAGCUUCUCAUCCAAAACCGCUGGAAGAGUCACAACUGUCCUGUUUCACCAUGAACAUGUUUAAAUGAAGUUUCUACUAUUGGACCUCGUGCUGCCAUUUAAGUCCGAGACAAACCUGAAACCAAACAGAAAACUAUAACUAUAACAAUGUGCAUAGACUUAGACGAGCUGGAAAAUCUGAGAAUCAACUGGGAGAGAUCCUGAAUGGAGACUUUGGACAAAGGAAACAAGAUUCCUCCUUCUUCUUUACUCAAAUGUCGUCAUUGGGAAACACACAAGUGAUUGAAUCUGAAGACUUUGGUUUUGAACAUGUACAUCACUCAGUCUAUGACUUGAUCUGCUCCUUGUCUGCACCAGCGCAGCCAGACUGGGUCAGACCCGGUCCAACUUGGAUAACCAGAUCUUCAUUGCAAUUUAAGUAAAGUCUAUUAAAUGUUUAAAGGGUUUUCCAAGAGUCAUCGCUGGUGUUGUCUGGCAAACUGUUAUUUCUUGGCUGUUCUGUUAAAUCUGAUUGGUUUACUGCUGAUGAAGGUUAACAACUGAGCCUCACAACAUAGUUUGACCCCUGUGAGCUGGGAAAUGAUGCAGCAGCGAGGAACUGGCAGAAAUCGGACUGUUUACGGACAGCACUGACUAAUUUAAAGUUCUCCAGUGAAGCAGCAGGAACUCAAGUGAUGUUAUUUUGAAUUGCCGCUAAUGGUGGGAUCGCUAUCAGAGAAGAGACUUAUCAUAACUUUUUACAUCAUAGUAUUAUAAUUUUUUCAGCCCCACUGGAUCAGUGGAUAUGAAUAUGAAUCACAAAAACUAUAAUAUUCAUUCAGUUUUUAAGAGAUUUUCAAAUUCUAUGUGUGUGUGCAACAUUGUUUUGUGACAGUUUUGAUUAUAACAGUGAAUUUCUUCUUUACUGUACUAUGCUCAUUUCUCAUUAUGUCACUGAACACAUCACUGAGGAACAGGAAACUACAACCUACCAGCUGAAAUGUAGGUUUUCUGAUUUGGUUUCAUGUUGCAAUAUUUACAAGAACUUUAUUACUAUGAAUUAUGACUUUAAAUUGUUGGGUAUUUCCUAUAUUGUGGUUUUAUAUUUAUAAUUCUACUCAAAUAAUG